AUGGCGACGGCGAUGACGAUGGCGAUCGCGGGCGCGAGAUGGACGCUCGCGCUCGAGCUCGACGGCGUCGCGACGCUCGCGCGCGCGCUCGGGGACGACGGAUUGGUGGUGCGCGCGCUGUCUGGGGAUGUGUGCGGAGAGGCGAUUCGGUGUCGAUGCGCGAGCGAUGGGUCGUCGUGCGCGGUCGUGGGCGUGCGUUUGUCGGGGAGAGGAUUACGAGGGAGGCUGCCGAGGGAGAUGCCGGAGAGCUUUGAGGGGCUGGAGACGUUGGAUCUGAGCGACAACGCGAUUCGAGGGGAGAUUCCCGCGAGCUUUCUUCGAGCGAUGCCAAACCUGCGAGAGCUGUAUCUCGGAUUAAACGCGCUCGAGGGAGAGAUUCCGCGAGCGAUCGGCGAUUUGAAAAAGUUGGAAGUCUUGAACAUCGACGGUGGGUACUCCGAGCGCCAGAGAUUCGCGGAGGAUUGGGUUCCGGCGGAUAAGCGCGACGUGUACGGGACGCCGGGAACGUAUUUCGGGAAUCAACUCACCGGGAGUAUCCCCGAAGAGAUUGGCGAAUUAUCACGAUUGCGUAUUUUGAACUUGCAUCGAAACAUGCUCGGAGGCGAAAACGACCGCUUGGCGAUUCCGGCUUCGAUCGGCAAACUCGCGAGGUUGGAGUUUAUGGACGUCUCUGGCAACAAACUUCGAGGAGCACUCCCACUCGAGAUCGCCAGGUUGUCCCGGUUGGUUCAGUUAAAUGCAGAUGACAAUUUUAUCACCGGCGAGAUUCCGAACGAUUGGAGCGAAGCGAACGCAUUGGAAAGUCUCAUACUCGAAGGGAACCUCCUUGAGGGUCCGCUCCCGAGCUUUCUCCCUAGAAAUCUGACGUUUCUGGAUCUUCACGAGAAUCAACUGACGGGAUCAAUCAAUGAACCACUCAUUCGUUUGACAAGAUUGGAGAGCGUGCUGCUCGACCGGAACUUAUUUUCCGGGCCAGUGACGAUUUCUUUGCAAACCAACCCGAAUUUGAAGAUGGUGUCGCUGGCGAACAAUCGCGAGCUGUGUGGUGAACUACCCACGCUGCCGACAUCGACGCAAGAAGCGCGAGAUAAUGAGUGCGAUAAGCCGUACGAACUGUGCCAGCUGUGGCCGGAAACUGCUGGGACGCUUCUCGGGCUUGGAACGUGCUCGUGCGCACGCCCCGGCGAAUCGUGCUCGGUAUGGAGCAUCGGAGGGAGACGGGAGACGUGCUGUGAAGAAUCGUCGUGCCUUCUCGUUCCAUUCGGAUUUGGUGUAAAAUCGUGCAUCCCGUGCUCUGAUGCCUUUCAGCGCUGCGGAGGUCGAAAUUACGACGGACCAACGUGCUGCAAAGAGGGUUUGAAGUGCACACGAAUUGACGACAAUCGAAACGAGUGCCUUCCGUGUGCGGAACGAUGGCAGCAGUGCGGUGGAGAGGUGUACGACGGACCGAAGUGCUGUCUGAAGGGCAAUAGUUGUGUUUCUUUCGAUCGUUAUUACGCUCAGUGCCAGCCGCUACCCGUGUCUAUGUGA